CAGACAGACAGACAGACAGACAGACAGACAGACAGACAGACAGACAGACAGACAGACAGACAGACAGACAGACAGACAGACAGGGUGGACUUCGUCAAGCUGCUGAUAGAGAACGGUGUCAACAUCCACCACUUCCUCACCAUCCCCCGUCUGGAGGAACUCUACAACACGAGGCUGGGCCCAACGAAUACACUGCACUUUGUAGUUAGAGACGUUAAAAAGGGAAAUCUUCCACCGGAUUACCAGAUCACCUUGAUCGAUAUCGGAUUGGUCCUGGAGUUCCUGAUGGGCGGGGCUUAUCGCUGUAACUACACCAGGAAACAGUUCCGCACCCUCUACAACAACCUUUACGGUUUAAAAAGACCGAAAGCUUUAAAAAUGUUAGGACUGGAGGACGACGAGCCUGGAGGAAAAGGCAAGAGGAAGAAGAAGAAGAAGAAAGAGGAAGAGAUCGACAUCGAUGUGGACGACCCGGAGGUCAGCCGCUUCCAGUACCCGUUCCAUGAGCUGAUGGUGUGGGCCGUUCUCAUGAAGCGUCAGAAGAUGGCUCUGUUCCUGUGGAAGAGGGGGGAAGAGGCCAUGGCCAAAGCUCUGGUGGCCUGUAAGCUGUACAAGGCCAUGGCCCAUGAGUCGUCUCAGAGUGAACUGGUGGACGACAUCUUCCAGGACCUGGAAAACAAUUCCAAAGAGUUUGGCCAGCUGGCCUACGAGCUCCUAGACCAGUCCUAUAAGCACGAUGAGCAGGUGGCCAUGAAACUACUGACCUAUCAGCUAAAGAACUGGAGCGACUCUACCUGCCUGAAACUGGCUGUAGCCGCCAAGCACAGAGACUUCAUCGCCCACACCUGCAGUCAGAUGCUGCUCACUGAUAUGUGGAUGGGAUGUCUGAGAAUGGGCAAGAGGAACGGGUUCAAGGUGAUAUUUGGCAUCAUUUUCCCACCUUCGAUUCUCCUCAUGGAUUUUCGACUCGGGGAGGAAGUGACAUGUCAAGCCCCAGCGGAGAACGAAGAAGAAGCGAAGGACAAAGACGAUGACAAUAAAUCCAGCAAGGAAGUGAAUGCUGAUGGGGUGUCCAGAAAGGGGGAUGAAGAAGAAAGUGCCGUAAAAAAGAGAAGAGUUCCAAUCGGAAAGAAGAUCUAUGAAUUCUACAACACUCCUUUCACCAAAUUCUGGUUCAACACGGCAAGUAGACUUUUAAUACAACUAAAAAAAACAAGAAAUGUUAUUUAGGAAGCAUUUCUCAACACCACACACUUUGGAAAUUUACUUCUGUGAAACCUUGAUGUUGUUGUUUUGAAAUGACUAUCAGCACAGAGGUGACAAAUAGACCUUAACCACAGAUAAUAUAAUACUAUUUAAUAUAAUGAUAAUAUGAUAUCAGCUAAUGGUGAUCUGAAGCACUUUGUCUUGUGUCCUAAAACACCACUGCUGCCCUGACCUCUGGUCUUGUGUCCUAAAACACCACUGCUGCCCCGACCUCUGGUCUUGUGUCCUAAAACACCACUGCUGCCCCGACCUCUGGUCUUGUGUCCUAAAACACCACUGCUGCCCCGACCUCUGGUCUUGUGUCCUAAAACACCACUGUUGCCCCGACCUCUGGUCUUGUGUCCUAAAACACCACUGCUGCCCCGACCUCUGGUCUUGUGUCCUAAAACACCACUGCUGCCCCGACCUCUGGUCUUGUGUCCUAAAACACCACUGCUGCCCUGACCUCUGGUCUUGUGUCCUAAAACACCACUGCUGCCCCGACCUCUGGUCUUGUGUCCUAAAACGCCACUGUUGCCCCGACCUCUGGUCUUGUGUCCUAAAACACACUUGCUGCCCGACCUCUGGUCUUGUGUCCUAAAACACCACUGUUACCCCGACCUCUGGUCUUGUGUCCUAAAACGCCACUGCUGCCCCGACCUCUGGUCUUGUGUCCUAAAACGCCACUGUUGCCCCGACCUCUGGUCUUGUGUCCUAAAACGCCACUGCUGCCCCGACCUCUGGUCUUGUGUCCUAAAACGCCACUGCUGCCCUGACCUCUGGUCUUGUGUCCUAAAACGCCACUGCUGCCCUGACCUCUGGUCUUGUGGUCUAAAACACCACUGUUGCCCCGACCUCUGGUCUUGUGUCCUAAAACACCACUGCUGCCCCGACCUCUGAUCUUGUGGUAUAAAAUACCACUGUUGCCCCGACCUCUGGUCUUGUGGUCUAAAACACCACUGUUGCCCCAACCUCUGGUCUUGUGUCCUAAAACACCACUGUUGCCCCAACCUCUGGUCUUGUGUCCUAAAACACCACUGUUGCCCCAACCUCUGGUCUUGUGUCCUAAAACACCACUGUUGCCCAGACCGCUGGUCUUGUGUCCUAAAACACCACUGUUGCCCCAACCUCUGGUCUUGUGUCCUAAAACACCACUGUUGCCCCAACCUCUGGUCUUGUGUCCUAAAACACCACUGUUGCCCCAACCUCUGGUCUUGUGUCCUAAAACACCACUGUUGCCCCAACCUCUGGUCUUGUGUCCUAAAACACCACUGUUGCCCCAACCUCUGGUCUUGUGUCCUAAAACACCACUGCUGCCCCGACCUCUGGUCUUGUGUCCUAAAACACCACUGUUGCCCCAACCUCUGGUCUUCUGGUCUAAAACACCACUGUUGCCCCGACCUCUGGUCUUGUGUCCUAAAACACCACUGUUGCCCCAACCUCUGGUCUUGUGUCCUAAAACACCACUGCUGCCCCAACCUCUGGUCUUGUGUCCUAAAACACCACUGUUGCCCCAACCUCUGGUCUUGUGUCCUAAAACACCACUGCUGCCCCGACCUCUGGUCUUGUGUCCUAAAACACCACUGUUGCCCCAACCUCUGGUCUUCUGGUCUAAAACACCACUGCUGCCCUGACCUCUGGUCUUGUGUCCUAAAACACCACUGUUGCCCCAACCUCUGGUCUUCUGGUCUAAAACACCACUGCUGCCCUGACCUCUGGUCUUGUGUCCUAAAACACCACUGUUGCCCCAACCUCUGGUCUUCUGGUCUAAAACACCACUGCUGCCCCGACCUCUGGUCUUGUGUCCUAAAACACCACUGUUGCCCC